UGACGCAUUGCCAAUUAAACAACAUGGAGGAUAACAAUAUGAGAGAAACACUGCAAUGGACUUGUGAAGAUACAGCCGAUUGGCUGACUAAAAACGGCUUUGGCCUAUACGCGAACCUUCUCACAGAAGUACACCAGAUUGAUGGCAAAGCUCUUCUUCUUUUAACAGAGAACGAUCUUCGUUCUCCGCCGUUGCAAAUGCAGGUACUUGGUGACGUGAAACGACUUUGGCUGAAGAUUUCCCAGCUUCAAAAACGUCAAAAUCCGCUAAAUCUCGAACUCAAUGGCUAUCACAGAAAGUAUUCGCUGGACCAAACAGACUACGGAGAAAGUGUAUUUGUUGCCAGACAAUUCGCAGAAGAAAAAAUACAACAUGAAUUAGCUUCUCGUAUAUCGAGUGUUUCAGAAACAUGGCGGACGUUCUUAAGCUUCUUGUACGCUUUUCUGGUGUUUUGUUUGACUUCUUUUGUAAUGACAGUAGUUCACGAUAGAGUACCGGACAUGAAGAAAUAUCCCCCAUUGCCAGACAUUGUUCUAGAUAGUGUUCCGUUGAUUCCUUGGGCAUUCAUGAUGUGUGAACUAACUGGAAUUGUUCUGGUUUCGAUGUGGAUUGCUGUACUGGUGUUGCAUAAGCAUAGAAUGAUUCUGUUGAGGCGUAUGUUUGCCUUGUCUGGCACAGUUUUUCUUUUGCGAUGUGUGACUAUGUUUGUUACAUCAUUGAGUGUCCCAGGAGUACAUUUGGAGUGUUCAGGAAAGAUGUAUGGUGAUACAUGGACCAAGCUUUCCAGGGCAUUUGAGAUCAUCUUUGGGAUGGGGAUGUCAGUCAAUGGUGUUCGUACGUGUGGUGAUUAUAUGUUCAGUGGUCAUACUGUUGUCAUAACACUGCUCAAUUUCUUUAUCACAGAGUAUACCCCCAGACGAUGGUACUACCUACACACAGCAUGCUGGGUACUCAACCUAUUUGGGAUUUUUUUCAUCUUGGCUGCACAUGAGCAUUACUCCAUAGACGUCCUGAUUGCAUUUUACAUUUCUUCUCGUCUUUUCCUAUAUUACCAUACGCUGGCUAACAGUCGAACCCUUAAACAUGAGGAUAAAAGAACCAAGGCGUGGUUUCCAUUAUUUUCAUUUUUCGAGGAGCAUGUUGAAGGGCGUGUUCCUAACGAGUAUGAGUGGCCGUUACAAUGGCCUAAUUUCUUAUUGAUACCUAAGAACAAUGAAGAAAAAUCUCAUGGUGACUAGAUCAUGCUUUUUCCAUGCUUUGUUAGAGAGAUUGGAGUGACGUCAUUGAAAACCAUGAAACAAUACUAUCUUGUCAUUUCAAUCAUCAAAAGGAAAAAUAGUUAUGGAAAAAGGCACAUAAUUAUUUUUUAAAUGUUUAACGUUUUUGAACUAUGAGUUCAUCAUCAGGACUGAAUAGAUAACCCAAAAUAAAGAGAAAAUAAUAUGUGUUUAAGUGAUCAUGAGGGUAUACAGUAUUAGAUGGUAGCAAUCAACUUGUUUAUUUAAUACCAUCUUGUCUAUUAUAGUGUGGUUAGUCAAAUAGAUUAUAGACACACAAAAGGAAAUGAUGCAAUUAGAACAUUCUAAGGUGUAUUUGAAGUGUAUAUCCAUUUUAUAUUUUUUUGGCUUCACUCUACAUCUGUCCACAAAAUAAAAUCACAAUAGUUGCUACUUUUAUAUAUAUAGACCAUGGUGCAUCAAAUGCAGCAAAAGUGGGAUAUUGAAAAAAUGUCAUUUUGUCUAUUUGUUCUAAAGUUUUUCCUAUUAUUUGGUGUAAUGAACUACAUGUACAAGUUGAUAGUCAAUUAGGACAAGUGAGCCUUAUGGGUUAUGAAGUUGUACGUAGUCCACUCUACCUUGUGAUCUAAUUGUUAAAUAGCUAUUAAUAAUAAUAUAUUUAUAAAUACAUUUUUAUUUCAUGGCAUUUGCGAGAGAAGUGAUCUUCUCUUUUCUUGUGAUCAAUUUCUUUAUCAAUUUCUUUACUUAAAGUUACAAAAGACCUAUAUAUCUUUACUGCAUAUACAGGCAACAUUCUUGUCAAAAGGCAUUCGGCUAUACAUCAUACAUCAUAUAUGAUUAUGAUUUAAUUAUUAUUUAUAAAAUUUAUUAGACUGAGCUAAAUUAAUAUUGUAUUUAUAAAUUUAUGAUUAACAUGAAUCCAUUUUUGUUAUUUGUUUAUAUUAUGAAAAUUAUUAAUUAAUAUAUUAUUUUGACAUAAAUUUAAGUCGUACAGAAAACCAAAUAUCUGGGAAUAUGAAAGAUUUAUUGUAAUGAACUCCUUCUAAAUGAUAAUAUAUAUGUUUUGCAUGCUUUUUCUUUAUUUUCUUUAAUAUACCAUCAGCUGUAAUAUUACAUGUAAGUGUAUUAUAUAACAGCAUUUUAUUUCUACAAAAUUCCAGAUGCAACCAUAUUUAUGAAUAGAUCGUCUAGUUUAUAAAAUAAAUUAUGCAAAUAAAUUCCAAUUUUCAAUAUAAAAAAAUGUUUAUUUACUUUGUUCUGGUAUUCAAUAAUGCCUAAAUGUAUUUGUUCAAAAAUAAAUCUCUGAUGCUUUACUUCUUUUGUU